UCAAUUUUUAAUUGCAAAUUUAAACGUGGACAUGGGAAAAUGUUAAAAGGAGAAAAGCCGCCGUGGAGGAGAAAAGCCGCCGAGACACAGAGACACUACUCGGAAACAUCCCCUCUUCUGUUUCUCUCUCUAGACACACACACUCUCUCUCUAUAUCUCUCUCUCAGCAAUCUCACUUCUAUAAAAUUAAAAUUUGCUUCCCCCUAUUCCUCUCUUUCAUUUCAUAAUUUCUCUUCCCUUUCGAUCAUCAUUCGAUCAAGAUUCCUAUAUAUAUAAAAUAUUAUAUAUACACACACACUAUGUCGGCAUGUUGCCGCCGGAUAACCGCCGGCGCUUCCUCGUUGAUGCCGGCGAACGGUCAGAUUCAGCUCCGGUCAGCUACGCGCACCGUAGAUCAACUGCCUCUAAUUCCUCGCCUUGGCAAGAAUCGACGGCCAGGGAUCGUCCUGCGAUGUCAGGUGCAACCGGGACCUUGGGUGACGGAAUCGAUUGGUCCGACCAGGAGGAUGUGGAAUGGCGGACAUGAGGCGAAGAUCAAGCGGCGGUGGUGUGCGGUUGGGGAUCAGAGUGUGGGAGAAUUGGCGGAGAGUGUCAGUGUGAAGGGAGGCCGCGAUCGGACGGCGGAGGUGAUGGUUGCAGCGGCGGUUACGGUGGUUCUGGGAGUAGGGAAUCGGGUUCUCUACAAACUGGCUUUAGUUCCUCUCAAGCACUAUCCUUUCUUCCUAGCUCAGUUCGCUACUUUCGGAUAUGUACUUGUAUACUUCUCAAUCUUGUAUCUCCGCUAUCAUGCUGGCAUUGUUACUGAUGAAAUGCUUUCCUUGCCAAAAGCUCCAUAUCUUGCUGUUGGUCUCUUGGAGGCUCUUGGUGCUGCUUCCGGAAUGGCAGCUGGGGCAAUGCUUUCCGGGGCAGCAAUUCCCAUUUUGUCACAGAGCUUUCUUGUGUGGCAACUUGUCCUAUCAUUUAUUUUCCUUGGGAGGAGAUAUAGAUUCAAUCAGUUAGUUGGGUGCUUUCUUGUGGCCAUUGGUGUAAUAAUAACUGUAGCAAGUGGAUCUAGUGCUGGUUCAUUGAUGGAAACUGGUAUAUUUUGGAGUCUCUUGAUGUUAGUUUCUUUUUUGUUUCAAGCCGCUGACACAGUAUUAAAGGAAAUAAUUUUCUUGAAUGCUGCCAAGCGAUUGAAGGGAGGUUCAGUGGAUCUCUUUGUUGUGAAUUCUUAUGGAUCUGCUUUCCAAGCACUUUUUAUAUGCCUCCUCCUACCAUUCUUGUCAAAGCUAUGGGGUAUACCAUUUAGUCAACUUCCAAACUAUCUUAAAGAUGGUGCAGCCUGCUUUCUCAACAAUGGCACUAUAACUGGAUGUGAUGGAGCGCCACUACUACCAUUGUUGUUCGUUAUUGUCAACAUGGGUUUCAACAUAUCGUUGCUACAUCUGAUCAAGAUCUCUUCUGCGGUGGUCUCUUGUCUUGCAUCCACAGUUUCAGUGCCGGUAGCAGUGUUUUUGUUUACACUGCCGCUACCGUAUAUUGGCAUUGCAUCGCCCCUACCACCAGGUUUUGCGGCAGGUGCCGUCAUUCUUGUUUUGGGCAUGCUUAUAUAUUCUUGGACGCCGUUGGGUCGGUGCCACUAACGUGUCCCCAUCAUCAGUCGACUAAACAAAAAUUCUCAGGAUCAUGAUCGUGAUCAUCGUUGGUAUUAUGAAGCUCAAUGCGGAGUGCAAACUUGCAAUUUUGUCAAUUCUUACUGAAGAAGAGGAAGAUGAAGAACAAGCAGCAGCCGAAGAAUGUUGUUAUUGCAAUACUUAUAUUUGCUUCAAUAAAAUAAGAUGGCAAAUGUGCAAUUCACAAUCUGACUUGUAACUUUUGGUUAUUAUGGAAUAAAAUGGCCCAUUUUCAAAUGGGAUCUGAAUUCAUUAACUUGUAUCAUAAUAGAAAUUCAUGAACUAGUUUUAUCAUCAAAGUUAGGCUUUGGCUGGAAACCCAAUGAAGCUUUUAUUAAUCAUACGGGUUUAUAUUCCAUUC